AUGCUUACAGCACCAGGAAAUGUUUAUAUAAGAAGAGAUCCAAAAACACCAACGAAGUCAAAUGUACAAAUUGUUUUACUUGAUCAUGGCUUAUAUGUAACAAUUGCUCCAAAAGAUCGAGAAGCUUUAUGUCAAUUAUGGAAAUCAAUUAUAUUGAAAGAUGAAGUUAAAAUGAAACAGUAUUCAUUAGUACUUGGUGUACAAGAGAAAGAUUAUUUAACAUUUGCUACUGUCCUUUCUAUGCGCCCAAUUCAUCGACCUAUACAUGAUUUGGCAAUAUUACCUGAAAUUUGGGAUCGAAUGUCACCUGAUGAACAAAUAGCAGCACGUGCACAAGGAAAAAUUCGUCUUCCUAGUGAAAAAGAAUUUUUAAAUAUGAGUCCACAACAAAAAAUGGCCAUACGUAAAGAUUUUAUAGUUAUUUUCAAUGAUAUUCAAGAUAGUGUCUUACGAACUCUUCAUGAUAUGCCUCGACCAUUAUUAAUGAUAUUAAGGAAUUUAAAUCAAAUACGAUCGACUAUUCGGGAUCAUGGAAAUCUAAUUGAUCGACAUACUAUUAUGGCUCGAAGUGCUAUUUUGGGUGCUCGAAAAUAUGAGAGACCACAAAGAUUAUUCAAAGAUCGUAUCUAUGCACGAUUAGAACUGUUUAUGUUUGAUCUGAUACUUUUUAAAGAUCGAAUGGAACGAUGGUUAAAAUAUAAAUUGUUCAAAGUAUUAGUCUUGUUUGGAUAUGUGUCAAAAGAAACUGAAGAUAUGAUUGAAGAAUUUCAAUAA